AUGAGUGACGACAUGCUUAAACGAUGCGAGCGGCGCCGGGAAUACCUGGAAGGAUGGGUACGGGAGCACCGGGACGUCCGGAUACAGGACCACCAGGAUGAAGAGGACCACCAGGUCGUCCCGAUGCAGGCACACCAGGCCGUCCCGAUGGAGGACCCCCAGGUCGUCCCGAUGGAGGACCCCCAGGUCGUCCCGACGGAGGACCCCCAGGUCGUCCGGAUGGAGGACCACCAGGAUGUCCGGAUGAAGGACCACCAGGACGUCCGGAUGAAGGACCGCCAGGACGUCCCGAUGGAGGACCGCCAGGACGUCCUGAUGGAGGACCACCAGGAUGUCCCGACGGAGGACCACCAGGAUGUCCCGACGGAGGACCACCAGGAUGUCCCGACGGAGGACCAGCAGGAUGUCCCGACGGAGGACCAGCAGGAUGUCCCGACGGAGGACCACCAGGAAGUCCCGACGAAGGACCUCCAGGACUCCCCGACGGAGGACCUCUAG